AUGGAAUUCGUCCACGUAAUGUGGGCCGGCCAAGCUGCCGUCAUGUUCUGCAGCGCAUGGCGCAAAAGCACAACACAAAUCAGCUCCUUCGUCCUCCCGGAACAGACCCUCGGUCAACUACCGACCCCUGUAUCUGUCAAAUUGGCUACGAUGCUGGUCCUCAUCCAUGGCGAGAGGAGCUGCCCUGACUCUUGA